GACACACGCGAUCGUCAAGUUGACAGUUUUUUUCGCCUUUAAUUUAGUUGUGUGUUUGGUUAAUUUUUUUGUUCGUCGUAAAAGAAAACUAUCUUAGCCACAGCAGCAGCAAAAAGCCAUCGCCUUUACGUCCCUCGCAGUUGUUUUAGUAAUUAGCAGUUGCAGUUGAGAAAAAAAAGGGAAAACUAAAAAAGUUUAAGUUAUUAAAGCCAUGGCCUGUCUGUCGGACAUUGAUUUGGCCACUUUACAUCAGCAUCGUUUGGAUCAGCGAUGGCAUUAUGGUUUCCACAAUCAUCAUCAUCAACAUCAUCAUCAUCAUUAUCAUGAAGGCGAUAUGGCACGUUUUUGCCUAGAACGUAAUCUGCUUAAAAAACUCCAUGACGAUGAGAAUGGAAAUUGCUUAAAUCCAGUUGAAGAGGAAAUUAGAAAAUCCUCAAGUCUCGACAAUUGUCUGAGACAACGUUCUGGCACUUGGCCGCGUACACGCAGUUUGAAUGCCCCAUCGCCGGUACAACAAUUUGGACCAUGUGGACGCAUAAUGACCAAUUCCGCCAUGGUGAUGCAAAUCCAAGAUCCGGCAAGUCAACGUCUCACCUGGUAUAAGCCGCCACUCACAGUGCUGGUCAUUAAGAAAGUGAGUGAUGCCUCGGUGUUGGCACCAUUUGUUCAAUUGGUGGAAUGGUUGCUCCAAGAGAAGAAUAUGGUCGUCUGGGUCGAGUCGGCAGUUCUAGAGGAUUCCCUGCUCAAUGAAGAUGUGAAAUUUAAGGCCAUCAGGGAUAAGCUGGUGACAUUUAAAGAUGGACGUGAUGACCUAACUGAUCGCAUAGACUUCAUAGUUUGCCUUGGAGGCGAUGGGACUCUACUCUAUGCUUCGUUGCUCUUCCAGCAAUCUGUGCCUCCUGUGAUGGCCUUUCAUUUGGGUUCACUUGGCUUUCUAACACCCUUCCGUUUCGAUAAUUUCCAAGAGCAAUUGACCAGUGUUCUGGAGGGACAUGCUGCUCUAACUUUACGCAGUCGUCUACGUUGCGUUAUGCAUCGCAAGAGCGAGAAGCGGCAAUUGAUUCAUACGGAGGCGCCACCCAAUAGUAUCCUAGUGCUUAACGAAGUUGUCAUCGAUCGCGGUCCAUCGCCGUAUCUGAGUAAUAUUGAUUUAUUCCUGGAUGGCAAAUAUAUAACCUCAGUGCAGGGUGAUGGUUUGAUUGUCUCAACGCCCACCGGGAGUACAGCUUAUGCUGUGGCAGCUGGUGCUUCCAUGAUACAUCCCUCGGUGCCAGCCAUUAUGGUUACGCCGAUUUGUCCACAUUCGCUGAGUUUUAGGCCCAUUGUGGUUCCCGCUGGUGUGGAAUUAAAAAUAUCUGUUUCGCCGGAGAGUCGUAAUACUUCCUGGGUCAGUUUUGAUGGCCGUAAUCGUCAAGAGCUCUUCCACGGUGAUAGCUUGCGGGUGACCACGUCGAUAUAUCCAGUACCCAGCAUUAGUGCUCAAGAUCAAAUCUCUGAUUGGUUUGCCUCCCUUGCUGAUGGUCUGCAUUGGAAUGUCCGGAAACGACAGAAAUGCCUAGAUGAGUUAUCAGAUUUGACAGCAUCUGGUUCCGAGGAUACAAUCGAUGAAAUUGAGAAUAUGAAAUUGCGCACUCGCAGCUUGAAUGCUCCAUCACCUUUCCAGCAAUUUGGACCAUGUGGACGUAUUAUGAAAAAUUCCGCCAUGGUUAUGCAAAUACAAGAUCCGGCAAGUCAACGUUUGACCUGGUAUAAGCCACCACUCACAGUGCUGGUCAUUAAGAAGAAAGAUUCUCAAGUUUUGUUGCCUUUUGUGCAAUUGGUUGAAUGGUUGGUCCAAGAGAAACAUAUGGUCGUUUGGGUAGAAUCAGCUGUUCUCGAAGACAAACUGUUGCGCAAUGAUGUCAAAUUGGAUCAAGAGAGCGCCAAAUUUCGUCAAGUUCAUGGCGAUUAUGCGGGAGUACGUGAAAGAUUCUUGGCUUUGCGUGAGAAACUGGUGACAUUCAAAGAUGGCCGCGAUGAUCUGACCGAUCGCAUUGAUUUCAUUGUCUGCCUUGGAGGCGAUGGCACUCUGUUGUAUGCCUCACAAUUAUUCCAGCAAUCGGUGCCGCCUGUGAUGGCUUUCUAUUUGGGUUCUUUGGGUUUUCUAACACCCUUUCAGUGUGAUAAUUUCCAAGAGCAAGUGACCAAUGUGCUGGAAGGUCAUGCGGCUCUAACUUUACGCAGUCGAUUGCGUUGCUCCAUUCACCGCAAGGGUGAACGACGUCGAGAGUCGCUGCAACAGGCUAGCAAUAAUUUGCUAAAGCCAAGUCUGCAACGGCAACUCAACUAUGUGGAGCUUAACAAUGGACCAAGCCAGUUUAAUAGCAGUAGCAACAAUAAAUUCAAUAACAAUUCAACACAGCUGACCUCAAAUAAUAGCAUUCUGGUGCUAAAUGAGGUGGUCAUUAAUCGAGGACCAUCGCCAUAUCUGAGUAAUAUAGAUAUAUUCUUGGAUGGCAAAUAUAUCACCUCAGUGCAGGGUGAUGGUUUGAUUGUCUCAACGCCCACCGGGAGUACAGCCUAUGCAGCAGCUGCUGGUGCCUCGAUGAUACAUCCCUCGGUGCCUGCCAUAUUGGUAACGCCCAUUUGUCCGCAUUCGUUGAGCUUUAGGCCCAUUGUGGUGCCAGCUGGUGUGGAACUUAAGAUAUCCAUUUCCCCUGAUAGCCGCAACACCUCACGUGUCUCAUUCGAUGGCCGUAAUGAUCAGGAGCUCAAUCAUGGUGAUAGCCUGCGUGUCACAACAUCCAUUUAUCCGGUGCCCAGCAUCUGUUCUCAAGAUCAAAUCUCUGAUUGGUUUGAUUCCCUUGCCGAGGGAUUGCAUUGGAAUGUACGAAAGCGUCAAAAGUGCCUGGAUGAGCUAUCAGAUUUGACGGCAUCUGGUUCUGAGGAUGCACUUGAUGAAUUUGACAAUCUAAAGUUAUACGAUGUCUAGAUACGAAGUUCCCUCCAUCCCUCCCUCUACCCCGAAAUAUAUAGUGCGGCCAAUAUAUAUAGCAAUUAGUUGUUUAGGGUUUCUUCGCUUCUAUGUGCAAUUUACAAAAUACUUAACACAACACAAAAAACAUAAAAAAAAACAAAACCUAUAAUACUCUAUUGUAAAUUAAAGUUAAUUAACUUCUUUUGGUUGAGUUUAAAAUGUUUUAAUGGCAUUGUUUUUGUUUUUAAGCUAGACAAAUUUGUUUGUUUGUUAUUCGCUUGUCAAACAAAUGUUUAGAUCUUAAGUUUUUAUUAUGGCUAAUUGAAAACUCUGUACUUAAGCAAAUUUAUAUAAAACAAAACAAAAAAGAAAUACAAGAAAAGUGUAAUAAAAAGAAGAAAUUAAGGCAAGGAG